AUGGGUAGAGGAAGAGGCAGAGGAAAGAAGUUAACCAUUGUCAGGAGCCAUGAAGACAAAGGAAGCAGUGGUGAAGAAGUAGUUCCUGCAAGAAAGAGGAGAGGAAGGCCCCAAAAGCGCUUUGCUGAUAAGAUCGAUCAAACAGAUGUUGAAAAUUUUGUAGAAAAGGUCGAUGGAGAUGAAGAACAAGUUGACGAUGCCAAGCUGAAAAACAGCACUGCAGCUGUUGGUAACAAGAGAGGCAGGCCGCUGAAAGAGGGCUCUAAUAUUGUCGUAGAAGAAAAUAACUCUAGUAUUCGAUCAAGCAGUGAUGAAUCAACAAGGACUAAUGGAUUCAGGCAGAAUGGAAGCCGGAGGAAAAACAAGCCCCGGCGAGCGGCGGAGGCGGGGCUAGAAUGCAAGUGA